UGGAUACAAAAGAUAUGAAGAGUUACAAAGUGAUUUAAAUAAUAUUGCUUGGGAGUCUACUUCAGAAGAUGAUUUUCAAAAUCAAUAGAAAGAUUUUCUGAUUGAAUAUGGUCUAGACAAUAACAAAUGGCUAUCAGGGUGAAUCAAAUACAUGUCAAGUUACUCCUUGCGAGAAGGACAAUUCAAUCAAGAGGAGAAUAAACAUGAUGGAAAUAGAGCGUGCCCUCUUUCUUGCUCUCAACGCUGAUGAGCACUCUCAAUGCGAAUUAGCCUUCUUGAGCUCGCUGUCCGUCGCCAGUAGCGUCUCCAAUAGAAGUGGCGUUACUCUUUGUGACAGCAUCUCUCGGCUCUCUAUACAUUCCCUUUCGUUUCUACUAAUGCGUUAUGCUUCUGCAAGUGAACCAACUAGGAAAACUGCAACAGGAAGUUGGACUCUGCAACCAAAACAGACUGGCUUAGCAUCAUUUGAUCAUUUGAAAUGGAAAAAGAUCCAAAUAUUAAGAUGCCGCAAAAAAGUACAAAUACAAAGAAAUCUGAAACAUGAACAAGAAGGAAAAUACAGCAGGAAACUUUUGAAGAACUAGCAUCUCGGGUAUAUUGUGUGUUUAUUACUUGCAAAGUUAUUAUUUUAGCACCUAUUGAAUUUUAUCUAUCUGAUUUUAUAACAGUUCUUUGCUUCUUUGUUUUCUUCAAUAGUUCAAUUUGUACUUAUCUAUUAGACAAUUUAUAACAAUGAAGCUUUGGUACAUGAUAUGAAACCACUCUUAGACUUAUUUAGGGUACGCUUGCUUCUGAUUAUUUGGAGAGUAACAGUAAACUUAUGUCCUUAGAAAUGCUUACAUUUCUCAGAAUUAAGAUCUUGAUUAUUGGUUGUAGUCCAAUUUUGUUGUUUCUGCUACUGGUGGCCCAAGCUGUCUUGCUACUUAUAAAAUUUACACAAAAAUGUGAGAAGUGAGAACGGAUUUUUUUGUCAGUUAAAAGAAAAAAGAAAAGCUGAGUUUUGUGAAAAGAAGCAAACCAAAGGCCCCUUAAUCUAUGUCUGGUGUGAUUGAGUACAAUUUUGAAUUACAUUAAAAAAUUAGAUAGGUAAAUUCGUUGGUUUAAAUUUCAAUUAUUUGGUUUUAAUAUAUAAUUAUAUGUGUGCUGGAUAGUGUGUACGUGGAAUUCAUCCGUGCAUAUGUGAUGUUCAUAACUUUUGAUGUAGUUCAUUGCUCGUACUUUUGCACAUACUUUAAUGAGAUUUUGCACAUCUUACUCGGCUACUUUGCACCCAUCUUAAUAAAAUUUUGCACACAUGAAUCAGACAGUUUGCACUCACUUUAAUAGAUUUUGCACACAUGAAUCAAACAAUUUGCACCCACUUUACUCAAGAUUUUGCACACAUGAAUCAGACAGUUUGCAUCCACUUUAAUGAGAUUUUACACAAAUGUAUGAGACAGUUUGUGCCCAAUUUAAUGA